UGAUUGGUUGGUUGAGGUUCCCGCCCCCGCGCCAGUCGCCAUUUUGAAGAGGGAGCCGAAAUCCGAAAGGCAGUGGUGUGGUUAAUCGUGCUCAGUGCGGUUGCAGGUAACGGAAUUCAGUCACAAUGGGGAAUGUUUUUGAAAAACUGUUUAAAAGUUUAUUUGGGAAAAAAGAGAUGCGGAUUCUUAUGGUGGGUUUGGAUGCAGCCGGAAAAACUACCAUCUUGUAUAAAUUGAAACUGGGAGAGAUUGUGACUACCAUCCCUACAAUAGGUUUCAAUGUGGAAACGGUAGAAUAUAAAAAUAUCAGCUUCACGGUCUGGGAUGUUGGUGGCCAGGACAAAAUCAGACCUUUGUGGCGACAUUAUUUCCAGAACACCCAAGGUCUGAUUUUUGUGGUCGACAGUAAUGACAGAGAGCGAGUCAAUGAGGCCCGAGAGGAACUAACCAGAAUGUUAGCAGAAGAUGAGCUCAGAGAUGCAGUCUUACUGGUGUUUGUAAAUAAACAGGAUCUUCCCAAUGCGAUGAAUGCAGCAGAAAUAACAGACAAGCUCGGCUUACAUUCCCUCCGCCAGAGAAACUGGUACAUUCAGGCCACUUGUGCCACCAGUGGAGAUGGGCUUUACGAAGGCCUGGACUGGCUCUCCAACCAGCUCAAAACGCAGAAGUGAUCGGAAGCGCUCCGUUCGCCGUGCAUCGUGGCAAACUCAGCUGGCCUCUUCUGUGUGCAUGUGUGCGUGUGAGGAGCCGAGGAUGGGUGUGUGGCUGGGAGUGGGAGCAGCUUUCUCACACUGUGCCUUAGCCAUGCUACAAGAAAACCAGGCUUACAUUUGAAGAAAAAUCAGUGUUUCAUUUUAAACGCUACCUUCCAUUUCAGGAGUUUCGAGGGUCAACUUAGCAGGUGAUGGAGGGGUCCGGAGGCUUUCCUGGCACACGACAGCCUGAGAGGCCCUCGUGGUGGGCAGGAGGAGGAGGGCUGGCAUGGGGCCCAGGUGGAGCUGUGCCGUCCUGGGUCCGGUGGCUCUGCCUGCCCAGAGUCAUGUUAGACUUCGGUGGCCUUUUGUAAACGAGAAAGGGCCUGUCAUUCUUCCCCAUCACUGCCAGAGCUCGCAGCUCACUUUUCAGUACUUUCGAAGCAAACGGUCCUCAAGAAAAAAGACACCUGCUUGCUACAGGGUUGAAAUUCAGCUCUGAAAUUUUCCCAUAAGUUAUGUUCUUCCUGGUUUAAUGUACUUUAUUGAAAGGAACUUGAGAUCUUCUUCAUUAGAGUAUCCAGAGUCCGUAACACUAGAACAUCAUCCAGUCCUUCCCUCAUGCUAGUUCCUUCCCCUUGUUGCCUCUUGUUUGCCAAAUGGAGACCAUUUGGGGUAAGUAACCCAGUGUGAGGCCGAGGCUCUUUACAGGGGCCACGCAGUCGAGCGAAGGGCCGGGUUGCGGAAGGGAGGUGAGGGUCGUGUUUGUGUCCUUGUAUCACCAUCUCAGGUUUCAGGCUCCUGAGACAGCUGCUCCCACUUCUCUGCUCUGUGCUGAAUGUUCUGUGCUCGAAGCAGGAGGGUCACUCCUGGGAUGGAAUCGUCACCAAGUUCAGUUGUCUCCGUUCGGCUUGCGGUGUUGCUUAGUUUCUGUUCCCAGAACCACACACCUGUGAGUUCUGAGAGUGAAAGAGGAUUGAGAGGUUCAUUUUGGAGACGAAAUUCCCAGCAACCCCUGUUACUGCCCCUGAGUUGGUGCUAAAUUUUGCUAUGAAAAAUGUCUAAUCCCAACCGCUGUCCGUGGUGCUGACUCCGUCUUCUGGAUGCAGUAAUGUCCUGUGUGGAGACGUGCUUUAUGUUGUCUUCAAAACAUUCAUAGAAACGGCCUGGUGAUGAGCUGGGUCUCAUGCGGUAGUGUAGAGCUCGUUUGCGCAGAUGGCUCUUGGCCAAAUGUGUACCUAUGCACUUCCCCUACUUCACCUUUGAAAAUUCCUUUUUUGAGAAAAAUGUUUAUUCAAAUUAACAGAUCUAGGAGGGGAAUGCAAGGUGAAUUUUAACAAAAGUAAACCCUGUUUGUUGAUAAUGAAGUUGAUAUUACUAGGAAGAAGUUUCAUACCAUGAUACAUGUGGGGUGUGAUGUUUUUCUUUGAAAUAUUGACUUGAAAGAAUGUUCCUUGCAAUACAGGCAUCCAAGUCCAGAUUUUGUUUUAACCCUGGAGUAAUUCCUGAGAAAUAGUAAGGUUGUACGCCUCAUGUUGGCAGGGACUGUGUCUUACAUUUUUGUAUUUAUGCUUAGUAUGGUGCUGGGCCUCAUUAAAUAAUUGUUGAUUGGCUGGACAAUAAAGAACUUUCUUUGGAAAGAGGAGAGGACA